CAACUGCAGUAGCAGCAGCAGCAGCGCAAUCUGCGCAAACCUUCUACACAUAUGCUCAAUUAAACCAAUCCAUCUCAUCUCAUUCCUAUUGAUUGCAAACCGCCAAAAUGCCUCCCCCCCUCCCUUCCCACCACCGCGGCAUGACCGCCAACCCACUGAAACCCAACCGCUACCGCCCCGGCAAAGCGAUCGCCGAGGAGCCCUCGUCCGACGAAGAGGAAGACGGAGACGAUGAUGCGGAGCAGCGGCAGCGCGAGCUGGAGGAGCGUCGACGGCAGGAACAGCUGCGGCGGGCGGCGGCGUCGAGGCCGAAGGCUAGUUCUUUCCCUGCGGGACAGAGUACGGUUACCAAGGGGGUGAAGGUUGAGGAACAAGAGGAACAGGAGGAGGAUGAGGAGGGGUUUGUUACGGAGGAUGAGGAGGAGGAGGAGAAGGAUGACAAUGACGAGGAGGGGGGAAGGAAGGCUGCGGUGGGCUUGGGCUCUGUUGCUGGCGAUGGAGUCAAGGGUGUUACUAGAGUUGCUGCGCGGGGGGUGAAAAUUGAAUCCGAAGAGGAAUCUGAAGAAGAGGAGGAGGAGGAGGACGAAGAGGAGGAAAGCAGCGACGAGGAAAGCAGUUCCGAAGAAGAAACCCCCCGCCGAGUCCUGCUACGACCGACGUUCAUCAAGAAGGACAAGCGCAACACCAAUACCAACAACCUCGAUACACAAAAACAACAGCCCGACCACGUCGCGGACUCGGCCGCUGAGGCUGAAGCGCGCCGCGCCCAACGACAGGAGAAAGCCGAUGCGCUCGUGCGCGAGCAACUCGAAAAAGACGCGAUCGCGCGGAGCCAGGCGAACCGGGCGUGGGACGACGACGAGCUGGAGGUGGGCGACGAGGAGGCGAUCGACGACACGGAUGGCAAGGAUCCGGAGGCCGAGUACGCGGCGUGGAAGCUGCGCGAGCUGAAGCGGGUGAAGCGCGAGCGCGAGGCGAUCGAGGCGGCUGAGAAGGAGCGCGAGGAGGUCGAGCGCCGCCGCGACCUGACAGCCGAGGAGCGCGAGCGCGAGGACCGCGAGUUCGUCGCCCGCCAGAAAGAAGAAAAAGAGGCCAGCCGCGGCCAGGCCGGCUACAUGCAGCGCUACUUCCAUAAGGGCGCCUUCUUCCGCGACGACAUGGAGCGCGAGGGCCUGGAUCGCCGCAAUGCUAUGGGCGCCAGGUUCGCCGACGAUGUCUCGCGCGAGACCCUCCCCGAGUACAUGCAGAUACGCGAUAUGACCAAGCUGGGCAAGAAAGGUCGCACUCGCUACAAGGAUCUCAGGUCCGAGGAUACCGGCCGCUUUGGCGAUAGCGUCUCCAAUCGCUUUGGUCGCCGGAAUGACGCUCCGCUCGGGGUCACCGAUGAGAGAUUCAUGCCGGACGAACGGCCGCGGGGCCCAACUGGUGCGAAUGCGUCGGUUGUUCGCGAGAGGCGGAGGUCGAGGUCGAGGUCGAGGUCACACUCGCCUAGGAGAGAUCGAUAUGGUGAUCGGAGGGAGCGUCAUCGGAGUCGGGAUCGCUCCGCAGACCGCUAUAGACCGGACGCAGGCGGCCGCAGGAAACGGAGCCCUUCGCCCUACGACGAUCGCGAGAAACGAAGACGAAUGGAGGAUGCGACGUCACAUUAGCCAGAGCUGGCUCGCAAUGAAAAUGUUAUUCUAUCCUAUUGGCGUUGUUGGGUAUUUUGAGAGCAUAGAUGGGGCACCGCUUAUGUGUUGCAUAUGGGGAAUUGACGUUUCUUUUUUUC